AUGGCCGAAAACACAGCCAGUAUCCCUGGGGACGGAAAUACGCCAGUGACAUUUACACACUCUUCCGACGUUGGAAGAUUCGUGGCAGCCAUUGUGGAUAUCGACAAAUGGGACCGGAUCAGCGUCAUCGUCGGCGACAAAAUGGCGCUGAAUGAAGCCGUCAAGCUGGCCGAGGCAGUGAAGGGCAAAAGGCACUGUCUAGGCACCAAGUUCAAUGUCAUUUACGACGACAUCGAUGACCUGAAGAAAGGGCGCCUGACCGAGCUCCCGUCGCAAGCGGCGCUGUACGGUGCCUUGCCCGCGGGUUUCCUCCAGGCUCUGGGCAGCAGGUUUGGCGUCUGGGUUGCUCGUGGAGACCUGGAUCUAGACGAGAGCACGUCGUUGAACAAAAGCUUGCCCGACCUAGACACUAUCAAGUUGAAAGACUUUCUUCAGAAGGCUUGGGGGCUUGGAUAA